UUGUGUUUGAGAAAAUAUGCGAUACGCGUUAAUUUGAAUUUUGAAAUUUGAACCACUAGUCACUACUAGACGACACGAAAUUAGAUAUAUAUAGAUACGGAUAGAAUUUCAAGAAUUAUUAAUAUUUGCAUAAAAACUAUACUCAAAAUGUCGCGUAAAAAAGGACUAUUGACCUGCGCUUCUAAAGAAAUUAACAAAAAGAUUGAACGUAUGGAAGAAGAAAAUCUGCCAAAAAAGACAAUAAGUCCUGACCUAAAUGAAUAUAAGUUUGAGAAGAAACCUCAUAUUAAAAUCGAAUUUGAAGAAGACACUCCCAAGACACAGCUUCCUGUGGGCUUAUGGGAGCCUUCUCACUGGCAAGAGUUUCUUGUUAAUUUGCGAAACAUGAGAGCCAAUCAUGAUGCACCAGUUGAUACAAUGGGUUGCCAUAUGUGUAUGGAUGAAAAUGCUUCACCCAAGGAAAUAAGAUAUCAGUCAUUAAUAUCUUUAAUGCUUUCGAGUCAAACUAAGGACCAAGUUACAUUUGCUGCAAUGGAGCGUCUCAAGCAGAGAGGCCUGACUGUUGACAACAUCUUAGCAAUGAGCGAUGAAGAAUUAGGAACACUUAUUUAUCCUGUUGGGUUUUGGAAGACAAAAGUAAAGUACAUAAAAAAAACAACCCAAACUUUGAAAGAGCAGUACAACAGUGACAUUCCUGAUUCAGCCGAAAAAUUGUGUAAGCUUACUGGUGUUGGACCAAAAAUGGCACACAUUUGUAUGAAAGUUGCUUGGAAUAAAGUCACAGGAAUUGGUGUAGAUACACAUGUUCAUAGGAUAAGUAAUAGAAUAGGAUGGGUCAAGAACCCAACAGCUACACCUGAAGAUACAAGAAAAGCUCUUCAAUCCUGGUUACCAUUUGAUUUAUGGAGUGAAGUAAAUCAUUUAAUGGUAGGCUUUGGACAGACAAUAUGCUUACCCAUUGGUCCUAACUGUGAUGAAUGUUUAAAUAAAGACAUUUGUCCAUCAAGACAUAUUAAAAAGUCUCCUAAAAAGACUCCAACUAAAAAAAUUGAAGAGAAAAACAAUGAGAAACCAUUGUCUACAGGAAAAACUCCAAGAAAAUCUCCUCAAAUACUUUCUAAACUAAAAAUAGAAAAGUCUCCAAUAAAUGUAAAUUUAAAAACUCCUAAAUCAUUACAGACUACCAAAGAAUUUAUGAUAUCACCAACAAAAAGAAAAGCUGUAAAAAAUCUUAAAGAAGAUUUAGAAUUGACAAGCAAGAAUGCAAUGAAACAAAAGAAAGUUAAAGAUAACUACAAUAAACAGGAAUCAAAAAUAAAGGCUAGAAAAUCACCAAGACUAAAAACUACUGGAAUUAACCACACUGCUUAAUGUUUAAUAACAAAUAGGUAACUCUUAUAUAAGAGAAACUUAUUUUAUUGAAUAAAGGUUAUUAAUUGUAAUCAAAUGUUGCUCUUGUCAAAUGUAUAAAUUAAUGAAAAGAUGAUGUCUAAUCAUGUUUUAACUAUAUUUUAAUUGGCAAAAUGUCUAAUUUUUAUUUAAAUGAGGGCUGUUGACACAUUCUAAACAUUCCCAUUACUGUAAAAUGGGCUGGAAUUCUGUUACAAUCUGUACCAAUUGUCAAUAUCAUGUAGUUAUAAUGAUGAAUAUAAUGAAAUCAAAAUACCUCUAUAAAUAAAUUUAAUGUUUCUUCCUAUGA